AGUGAAAUUGAGCAAAACCAUAAGAACGUCGAAAUUUUUUUAUUUUUUUUUACUGCCCAUUCCCAUUUUCAUCAGUUGUCUGUUCAUUCUGAUUAGCUUUUAGCUACACUAAAUCAUGCGAUGAAUCACUACGAACCUUAUUCCUCUGUUUCCUUUCAUCACAAACUUGCCACCUCGCCUCAUCCAUCAACAGCCCAUGAUCGAUUCGCCCAUGACUUUACCCUCUUAAAAGGCAACAAGCAUGUCACAUCAAGGCGAUGUGGCCGUCACAUUUUCUCUCGAAGACGCUUGAGACUAAAACUCACCAUUGCAAUUAUCAUAUUCCUAUUUCUAUUCCUCUUUAUGUUCGAUUUCAUUCAACUAUAUAUCACCUUUGCUCGUUUCAAGUUACGAAACUCAUUGUACGACAGCGGCUGGAUGUCAUGUAAUUCUAUUCGCAAAGAACCCACUCUCUUUGUUAUUGAUACACGCCACGUUCAAGUGGUAUGGGAGGCGAAUUGUGGUUUCGAAGAUCAAGACUUAUUGGUUACAUGGCGAGUCUCUGAUAACCCGCUAGACCCUGAAUUCGAUGAAUACGGUAUCACCAAGACGAUCGUUCCCACUGUUCUAGACGAACAUCACAAGAUCUACAAAGCCAUAUUGGGCCCAUUGCCUAUUACUGCCAACUAUACCUACAGUAUAUUAUCCUCUCCACAAACCCCGCCUCAUAGGCGACGCCUACUUGCACAAUACAAGUUCCCCUGGCAUUCAAAAGCUGACCAUGCUCCAACGGCAAAGAACCCAAUUCGCUUUGUAGGUAUCGCUGACAAUCAAUUUGGACUCAAGACGUUCACCAAGGUUAUUCGAGUCAUCGGCCAUCGAGGACCAUUUGAUUAUGUGAUUCAUGCAGGGGAUGCUGUUCAAAACUACCCAUCGCUUCAGCAAUGGCAAACCGAUUUCUUCGAUCCCCUUACUAAAUACAGUUUGGCUCAAACUACGCCCAUCAUCUACGCACAUGGAAACCAUGACCAUGACGAGUCACUGGAAUACCAUUAUACUCGCCACGAUAACAAGCAACAUUUCCCUUGGUUUUCCUACACCAUUGCGUCGGGAGCAGUCAAAGUGAUUGUGUUGGAUAGUAAUCUGGAUUAUCUGGAUCAGGAUAAUUGGCUUAAGGCGGAAUUGGAAUCCGAAGAAUCAAGACUUGCCAAAUUUCGAAUUGUCGUUGUACAUAUACCGCCUUUCAUGGAAUUUUGGGAUCCAAUUCCGUGGAACCAAGGAGAAAGCGAGUGGGGCCGAUUUGUUCGUGACCGCUUUGUACCACUCUUCGAACAGUAUGGUGUUGAUCUCGUAAUAUCUGGCCAUCAACAUAACUACGAACGAGGAGAACGGAAUGGCGUUAUGUACAGCAUCAUUGGAGGCGCAGGCGGUGACCUUGACUACGACAGAGUGGAUGACUGGAAUAUGUAUCAAAGAACGGAAAUCAACUUCCACUUUGUCACUAUUGACAUCUUUCAACUGGAUGAAACGUACUGGGAACUCAAAUGGGAGAUGCUUGAUGUCAACGGUAAAUCACUUGACUCCACAUCCCUACUAUCAAAGCCGCCAUUGGAUCCCAUUGUUGCCCCGCCACCGUCAUCCUUACUAGACGAGCCAAGGCAGCCGCAGUUGGAUGAAAACAUAAAUCACGCCUGGGACAUAACAGCCGACUUGGGUUGGGACUUGGAAUUGGCUGCUGAAAAUGAAUAACUCCCAUUUCAUUUCAAUUGUAGGCUCAUUCAUGUAAGAAGAAGAAGACAUACCUAAUAAAUGUUCAACAGUCUCCCAUUUUAGGGAUCACAAAAACUCAAAUAAAAACCACCAUAAUAUUUUUCUGUUAAAAUGCGC